CCCCCGCAGCAGCUGCGGGCAGACGCUCCGGCCGCGGUCCCCAUCCGCAUCCUCUGCCCGCCUCCGCCCCGCAGGCCGGUGCAGAGCCCCAUCCAGGAAGAAGCUCUGGGAUGUAUGGAUUGUAAAUUUGCCCAAGCAAGUAGGAGUCUUCACAAGAAAGAACCAGACGUGAGGACUAGAAUGGAAGAGCUGGCGCCAGUAGAAAGUCAGGACCAGCUCCCAAGCCCCCACCAUGGCUCUCUGAGGAAGGCCCUGACAGCUGCCCUGGCCCUGGAUGGAGAAUCCACAAUAGGUCGCAGGAAAAAGAAGAGGAAGGAGUCCCGCCCAGAAUCUAUUAUCAUCUACAGGUCCGAGAGUGAGAGAGUGGAGGAAGAGCCUGGGGAAUCGGAAGGUGGAGACCAGCCUAGAGAGGAGGAAGGAGCCGACUUCCUAGACUAUCCUGCCGAUGAUGGUAUGUGGAACAUGCCUUUGGACAGCCGCUAUGUCACAUUAACUGGGACCAUCACACGAGGGAAGAAAAAGGGUCAGAUGGUGGACAUCCAUGUCACUUUGACAGAAAAGGAGCUGCAGGAAUUGACCAAGCCUAAAGAGUCAUUGAAAGAAGCAACACCUGAAGGCAGAAAGGUCUGCCAGAUGUCAGCAGACCGUGGGCCCCACGUGGCCCUCUGGACACUGAUCUGCCUGCCUGUGGUAUUUAUCCUCUCCUUUGUUGUCUCUUUCUACUAUGGCACUAUCACCUGGUACAACAUCUUCCUAGUGUACAAUGAGCAGAGGACCUUCUGGCAUAAGAUCUCAUGCUGCCCCUGCCUCAUUCUCUCCUACCCAGUGCUCAUCAUGGCCAUGGCCUCUUCCCUGGGCCUGUAUGCUGCUGUGGUCCAGCUCUCGUGGUCCUGGGGAGCAUGGUGGCAAGCUGCCCGGGACAUGGAGAAGGGCUUCUGCGGCUGGCUCUGUAGCAAGCUGGGUCUGGAGGACUGUUCUCCCUAUAGCAUUGUGGAGUUGCUUGAAUAUGAUAAUAUUUCAGGCAAUCUCUCCAAUAAGGACCCUACCCAGGAAGUAGAAACUUCUACUGUCUAAACUUUCAACACCUACUUCUUCUUCUGGUCCCAUAGCCUGUAUUUCAUCGUCCAACUCCCCUGCCCCUCACAGUGCUUCCGGAAAAGUCUAGCCCACACUGAUCUGUCCAACUAUUUUGAUGGUUCUAGGAGGGCAGGGAACAAAAAGGCAAUUUAUACAAAAGUUGUCCAUUCAAUGGACAAACUCUUCUUAAUUCCCUGCCCUAAAAUGAUCAUUCAUCUGGGACAAGAAGCUCAUUUUGUGUCAUUUCUGGUGCUUGAAGAUGUUACUGGUGCUUGGAACUCAGGCGAGUAUGUGAGUAAGUGUGACAGGGAGAAUAAGGAGGACUUGGGGGACUAAUAAAAUAAUAGAUAGGGGUGGAGUAAAAUAUUUAGGAAGCAGGUUUACCACAGCGGAGCAGAAUGUAAAGCUUUGUAGGCAUCACUUAGAGUUCUAUUUAGCUGCAUAUAAUUGAUAUCCCAAAACAUGAGUGGUUUAAACAAGAUAGAAGUUUACUUCUUUCUUCUAAAGAAGAAGUCUGGAGGCAGAUCAUCAGGGGACCUGAUGGAGUUCCCUGGAUCCAGGCUUCUUUUAUUCCCCUCCCAUUGGUGAAAUAUGACCCUCAUAACCUUUAUCUUCCACACCCUGGUGCUGACUACAUCUGCAGCCACCUCGUCCAUGUUUCUGGCAGAGUAGAGGAAGGGGCAGAGAAAAACAUUUUCUGUGCUCAAAAAAGCUUCCCAAAGCUCCACUCAAUAUUUCUUACUUCUCAUGGGCUAACCUUUGUCACAUGAUCUAACAAGCAAAAUAGGCUGCAGAAUGUAGUCUUUUGGCAGUUAUAUGCUAGCUAAAUAUGGGAGUGAUGCAAAUUUAAGAGGAAAAAGAAGUAUGGCUAUUUUGAUUGGCAAGUAAGGAUAUCAGUCAUUAUUUACAUAUAUUCAGAUGUCAAACUGCUUAUUUAUUUAUUUAUUUAUUUAUGCCUAAAUCUUAGAGAUUUUAUAUGUAGAUACUAGCUCUAUAUACUAUGUAUAAGCUAUAUAUAGAUAUUAGUAUCUAGUACUUUGCAAUUAAAUGACUGUAAUGUCAUGUGGUUUCAGGGUUGUUUAGAAGGGAGGAGUAAACGGUUGAGUACAACUAUAUCACUGUACUAGUGUACUUUUUCCCCUGGUAGUGAAGGUGGGACUGGGUGGCAAUAUUUAAUUUACUCUAAGAUUAAAGACUGUGCAGGGAGGAAUUGCAUCUGUGAUUCCCCACUGCCUUCCCCUCAUCCCCAUAACAAAGAUUGGUAACCCUAAGCAGGAAGAAGGUAGAGUUAUUUUUCUGUUGUUUGGAUAAACCUCACUCAGAGUCUCACUCACUCACACUUUUCUGGAGUUUAACAACAAACACAAUGUCUGUUGAGCUGGAAGACUGUCUUCCUGGUCACCAGGGAGUGUAAAGCAGGUGAAUUAGAUUAAUUUUAAACUUAAAAAAAAAUUCAUUCCUGAAGGUGUAUUUCUAAUUUUUUAAAUUAGAUCAAGCCACUUGUGGAAGUUUGGGGCCUUACAAGAAUAGCUGGUACUUGUUUCUUAUUCAUGUCUCAGGAAGAAGUUGAAAGAACUGCUGUGAAGCAAACAAGACUGGUUGGGCAUGAUCUCCCACAGAAGGCCAGGGACAUUUGUUUAAUGUAUGGUGCUGAAUUCCACCUUCAGUAGAUUCUCCACAAUUAUGAUGAUGAUUAUUUAAAUCUUCACCCGAGGAUAUUUUUAUUGACUUCAGAGACAGAAGAAGACAGAGAGAGAAACAUCGAUAUGAGAGAAAAACAUCCAUCUGUUGCCUCUUGUAUGUGCCCCAACUGAUAUUGAACCCCCAACAUAAAUAUGUGUUCUGACUUGGAAUUAAACAUGCAAUCUUUUGAACCUCCAACCAACUGAGCCACCCAGUCAGGGCAACACCCACCUUUUAUUAUUAGUUUGACCAAAACAAAAUUCUGUUCAACAUUUUUGAAGAUAAACUUGGUGCUCAUUGGUGCUUUUUUUAAAAACCAUAUUUAAUAUCACCAAUCUAAUGAUUAAACUUAUGUAUUCUGUAACAAAUCAAAGUAUAUGUGCUUUCACCUCUGGCCAAGUUCUCAUUCCAAUUGAAUAGCCUAUUUUUGGUGUAAGGAAUGGUAAUGCUGCAAUAAAGUUGCAGAUGUCUGCGGGCAUACAUUGAGGGAUAACUCUGACCUUCAGGGAUUCCAGCUCCAGAUUAUUUGCUGAUCUUCAGUUGUGAAACCAGGAUGAUGUACCCAGAUUAUCAUUUGACCAGUUUUGAGAUUCUUAAUGGAAUGGAUGGACUACGCUGGUCUGCAUGUAAAAAACCUUCAACCUCCUCCCCUUAACCUUUUGUUCUGUUUUCCUUUCCCUCCUUUCAAAAACUCCUUCCUGCACUGAGAUGCUAAGAUUGUUUUUAAGGACAAGAGUCCACGAUCUUCUCAGGUCACUGGCACCUGAAUAAACCUCUAUCCUUAUUUACCAUACCUGUCUCAUGAGUAUUAGCUUUCAUGGUGGCAGGCAGCCAAGCCUGUGGGUUGUUUCCCCAUUUUCACUUUUACAGAGAUGUAAACAAUUGAAAUGAAAACAAAAUAAAAAUAAAAUAUGUUAAAAUGUG